GAAAAGUUUUAAAGUUACCUUCUACUACAGCUUUAAUAAGGCUUUUAUUUUGAAAGGCACUGAAAGGCACCACCCUCUACUGAUGGUGUUAAACGGUAUCAAUGGUUAGCGUGCUACAGGUUGCUGUCAGCUUUAAAGAUGAGUUCCAGAGUGUCCGGUGAUCUUGAGAAAGAGGAGGAGGAGGAGGAGGAAGAAGAAGAAGAAGAGAGCUUCAACCCCACGGAGGUGAAAAUGAGUCAGAUAGUGAUGCCCUGUCACAGCAACCAUCGGCAGGAGCUGAGCGUGGGACAGCUGCUCAAAUGGAUGGACUCCACCGCCUGCCUCUCUGCUGAGAGGCACGCUGUGAGUCCCUGCGUCACUGCCUCCAUGGAUGACAUCCACUUUGAACACACCAUCAGUGUGGGUCAGGUAGUGAACAUUAAGGCAAAGGUCAACCGAGCCUUCAACACCAGCAUGGAGGUGGGCAUACAGGUGAGCUGUGAGGACCUGUUCUCUGACCGUCACUGGAGGGUUUGUCUCGCCUACGCCACCUUUGUCACCCAGCGCACAAACACAGGGAAAAAGGUCAUCUUGAAGCCCAUUGUGCCUCACACUCAGAAAGAGCAGGUUGAAUACAGCGUGGCGGCUGAGAGACGGCGGGUCAGGAUGGUACACGAUGACAUCAUCAAAGAGCUGCUCUCCAACGGGUCUAUCCAGCAGGCUGACAACUCGACAGUGGGCAAUGCGGUACCAGCAGAGAGGACCAGGGUGGAGAGUGUUGAACUGGUUCUACCCCCUCAUGCUAACCAUCAGGUGAAUACAUUUGGAGGACAGAUCAUGGCCUGGAUGGUGAAUGUAGCUAUGAUUGCUGCCAGUCGUCUGUGUCAGGCUCACCCAACUCUGCGGUCUAUCGACAUGUUCACCUUCAGAGGACCUUCUCAGAUUGGAGACCGACUGCUGCUGAGGGCUAUAGUCAACAACGCCUUCAAAAACAGCAUUGAGGUGGGGGUGCGUGCAGAGGCCUACCAGGAGGAGGGACAUAACCGACACAUAAACUCUGCUUUCAUGACCUUUGAAGUGCUUGACAAUCACGGGAUGCCAUGUACGUUGCCGCGGAUACGACCGGAACCCUUGGAAGGUGAGAGGCGGUUUCAAGAAGCCAUAGCCAGGAAGAAGAUCCGACUGGACAGAAAAUACAUCAUUUCCCGCAAGCAGAGUGAGGUCCCUUUGUCUGUUCCCUGGGACCCCACCAACCAGGUUCGUCUUUACACCCUGGAGCAGAAGUCCAUGUUGAGUUUCAGGGUGGAAUCAGAGGUGGAUGUUCCUGCUCACAGAGCCUUUUGUCUGCUGGCUGAGCUGGGCAACAGGCCGAGCUGGGACACACAUUAUCAGAAAUGCGAGCUGAUUCACCGAGUGGACGAUGAUGACUUCCUGUAUCGUGUGGUGACUCCAUCAGUGCAUCACCGUGGAGUAGGUUCCACUACUUCAGCCAGUCCGGAUGAGGGAAUUCUCCAGGACUUUAUCUUGUUGGCCUCCAAGAGGAAGCCGUGUGGCAGCGGAGAUCCAUACGUCAUCGCCCUGCGUUCGGUGUCCCUGCCCACUCACCCUCCCACUGAAGGAUAUAACCGAGGAGAGGUUCUGUGUGCUGGAUUUACCAUACUGGAGACCAAAAACAACAUGUCACUGAUCAGUUACUAUAACCAGGCGUCUCCAGAGGUUCUUCCCUACAUCUCCACAGAUAUCGCUGGCCUCUCCUCCUCUUUCUACCACAUCUUCUGCUCCUGCAGCCAGUACCUGACAAGGAACAAAGAGCAGUCUGGCUCCGAGGAGCAAACCGGCCAGUACCAGGCCACGAACACAGACAGUCCCACCUGUGACAGUGAAGCUGACAGUCUGUCGGUGGGCCUGUACAGCACCCACCUGUAGACCACCAGCGGUACCUUCCAGGCCAGUUUACAUCACUAAGUGUGGUGAGGUCAGGCUGCUGUUUAUACAAUAUGGUACUAAUAACACAAAAGAUGUUCAAAAGAUGAUAAAACAAAGCUUCUGGAAAAAGUUUUAAAGAUUACAAUAAAGUAACUAAGAGACUAGGGCUGGGUAUCUUUCAAAAAAAUGUACGAUAUAGUUUCUGAAAGUUUUUUCUAUACCAAUUUUAUUAUACAUUACAAUGCAAUUACUCACUUGAAAGGAGGAAGCUGUUCAAAGACCUAGGAGUAGCUGGAGAAACUGUUUUCACUCAACCUGGAUAACUGAUAACCGUUUCCUGUGUAAAGUUAGACAGCCAAUCACUAGCAUUAUCAGAUCUUGGUACAAACGUGCAGCGUAGCUCAUUGGCGCACUGAUGCUGAUGAGUCUUACUUCGUUCAUAUCCAGAUUUGGUACCGAAUGACAAAGCAUUUUUUGUUGUUGUUUGUAUUACUCGUUAGUAACAAAGCAAUUCAGGUCUGUGCCAUAAAAGUAUCAACGUUCCCAGCCCUAAAAUAAACAAUGGGCCUCAUGCUAGAACCACUCAUAUAAACAGAUUUGUCUUAUGUAGCUUGUACAACAGAUUUUAGAGAACUUGCACCAAUCACUAAUUUUCUCUUAUUCUAAAUUUUCUCUUAUUCUAAAUUUUCUGGACCACUCGUAGGAGUCAUGUCCAAUUUGUCUGCUGUCAUCCAAACACACGUUUUUCACUAAAGCACUGUACAGUAUACUGCAUAACUAUAAGGAAUACGAGUUUGGUAUUUAAAUUACACUUAAUAAUAAUAACUAAUUAUGUGGACAUCAUCCGGUUUGCCUGUACAGUUGGAAUUAUAAUAUAGUUUUAAAUGUGUCGUAUAGCUUAACAAUAUCAUCAUGAAUUUGAAUCGGCUUCGGGUUAGAGUUCUCUUCACUUUAAGGUGUAUGGAGGUCCCUGUCCAGGGGAACAUCCUCUGUCACAAUGCCUGACAAUGCAUUGUCUUACUGUCGAAAAAAAGUGAGACACACAAGAUAAGAAUACGAAAAUGUUUUUGCAUGAGACCCAAUGCCUUCAACACUGUAUGUGUUCACACUGCAUCGUACGGCUCAACUCUACUCGCUUGUGGUACCUCUACUUUCCACUGCAUAUAGUACUUCGAUAGUACCCCAUGUAGGCGCAGCUGAUCAUCAGUUUAUAACUAAACUGUACAUUUACUGCUAGAUGGACAACUUCACUGCUCUCUUUUCCUCACAUUCAGCACUCUUUCUCUCUUGUUCAAUCACACACUUACUACACACAUAAAAAGGAGCUCUUAUAACAGAGAAUAUGAAGGGAUGGUGUUCUUGAUACAUGUGCACUCUGUCAGUUGACCUCCGCAUAGUUUUACAGGCUGCCAUUAUUGUGUAAAUGCUAGGUAGCCCUAUUAAUGCACACAUGUUCAACCUGAAUCACAUGUAAGACAUAGACCUAAUUUCAAAAUAAAGGCUAAUUCAGCAUUAAUUACUAUGUUUGGACAUAAAUGAUGCAUUGUAAUCUGUGUCACCAGUAGUCAGUUAAACAGAUGUUUUAUGUUAAACGGUAAAACGUUAAUUUAAUUGUACAUCUAACCACGUGUGGGGUCUAUAGGAAUGUAGUUUUUUUUUUUCAUAAACACUAACAGCAUUAAAUGGUGAGAGAACAGCAAUGUGCACAAUGUUACACAUUUCUUUUGAUGAACAAUUGAUGUUUUGUAUAACACUUUCAUAGGAUUUUAAUAAAAAGUUUUUUGU